AUGUCUUUCUCAUCAGAUGAUGCAGCAGAUAAACUAAUUGAAGAUACGGUUGACCAACAUGUUGAUAAUUUUAUCGACCAACAUGUUGAUAAUUUUAUCGACCAACAAAUUAACAAGCCGAAGAGACGAGCUUAUAUCGAAAGACAUAGGGAGCAAGGCCACGAAGACCUUUGGAACGACUAUUUCAGUGAAAAUCCUACAUACCCACCAGAAAUGUUUAGGCGGCGUUUUCGAAUGACGAAGCCAUUGUUCCUUUCCAUUGUCGAUCGCCUGAGUAAUGAAGUUCCAUACUUUCGUCAAAGACGAAAUGCUCACGGAAGGUACGGUCUAUCUGCACUUCAAAAGUGUACUGCGGCUAUACGUAUGCUAGCAUAUGGUCAAUCGGGAGAUACGUAUGACGAAUAUCUCCGACUUGGUGAGAGUACCGCACUUCUAUGUUUGGAGAAGUUCAACGAAGCGAUAAUACAAUUGUAUGGAGAUGAGUAUCUACGAAAACCUACACCAGCUGAUCUUCAACGAUUACUCGAUAUCGGAGAGGUACGCGGAUUUCCGGGAAUGAUAGGCAGCAUCGACUGUAUGCAUUGGGAGUGGAAAAACUGCCCAAGGUCUUGGAGAGGGCAGUACACACGAGGUCACGGAAAGCCGACCAUUGUCUUAGAGGCUGUGGUAUCACAGGAUCUUUGGAUAUGA